GCUGCAACCGACACGAAGCCAAAAAUGGAAACGGGAAGAGAGACGACGGUAAUGGUAGAGUACUCGAGUGUUGAGGCCUCAGGCCUCAGCGUCUGUUUCUUCUGUAGAAAAUAAUCUUUGAUGCAGCUAGCAUGGAAAUUGCCUCGUUCUUCACUUGCUCUUUCCAGCUGCUGCUUUUCUUUCUCGCACUCUCUCUUCCUGUUCACUGAAAUGUGCAAGGCUUAGACUUUGUUUGGGAUUUUUGGAGGUACAUUGGGUGUUCGUUUUUAAUUUUCUCUUGAUUUUCAGUUUUGCAGAGUUGGGGCGAUGGGAGACGCCUAUAUAUUGACGAAAACUAUGUUGUUGGUGUGUUUUAUCAAGUUGGCUUACACUGUUACAGAUCCCAAUGACCUCAAGGUUCUGAUGGAUUUCAAGAAUGGAUUGGAUAAUCCUGAGCUUCUCGGAUGGCCGGCCAAAGGUAAUGAUCCUUGCGGCCCUCCUUCAUGGCCUCAUGUGUAUUGCUCCAAUGGCCGAAUUACACAGAUUCAGGUGCAGAAAUUGGGUCUUAAAGGGCCACUCCCUCAAAACUUCAACAAGCUUUCGAAGCUCUAUAAUAUAGGCCUCCAAAACAACAUGUUCAACGGGAAAUUGCCCACCUUCAAAGGAUUAUCUGAAUUGGAAUUCGCAUUUUUGGAUUUCAAUGAAUUUGACACAAUCCCAUCAGAUUUCUUUGAUGGACUCACUAGUAUACGUGUUCUGGCGUUAGAUCAAAAUCCUCUCAAUAAGACUACUGGAUGGACUGUUCCUGAUGCGUUGGCUAAUGCUGUUGAAUUGACGAAUUUUUCUUGCUCAAGCUGCAAUUUAGUUGGUACAUUGCCUGAAUUUCUAGGCAGUUUGUCGUCUCUAAAUGCUCUAAGGCUUUCGUAUAAUAGAUUGUCUGGUAAACUUCCUGCCAGUUUUGGGCAAUCUUUGAUGACAGUUCUGUGGUUGAAUAAUCAAGAAGAGGGUGGCUUGAGUGGUUCAAUUAAUGUGAUUGCAAAUAUGACAUCGUUGAAGCAGCUAUGGCUUCAUGGAAAUUCAUUCACCGGCACAAUUCCAGAAAACAUUGGUGAUCUUUCUUCGCUGAAAGACCUCAAUCUCAAUGAUAACAAACUUGUUGGUUUGAUUCCACAGGGCUUGGCUGAUAUAGAGCUGGAUAAUUUGGAUUUGAGCAAUAAUAAUCUAAUGGGUCCAAUACCAAUGUUUAAGGCCGGUAAGGUUUCAUGUGCUUCCAACUCUUUUUGCCAAUCCAAAUCCGGGGUUUUAUGUGCCCCUCAAGUUAAUGCACUUCUGGAUUUUCUUGGUAGGUUGAAUUAUCCUCUAAAUCUUGUCUCUGAAUGGACUGGUAAUGAUCCUUGUCAACAACCGUGGUUCGGCUUGAAUUGUGAUUUAAAGUCAAAGGUUUCUGUCAUAAGUUUGCCUAGACAUAAUCUUACUGGUACUCUUAGUCCUUCAAUUGCAGAGUUAGAUUCGCUGGUCCAAAUUAUUCUCGGAGGAAACCAAGUGUAUGGUACAAUUCCAAGCAAUUUGACAAAGUUGAACUCUUUGAGAUUGUUAGACAUUAGUAGAAACAAUUUUAGUCCUCCAUUACCCAAAUUCCAGAGAAGUGUGAAGCUUGUUAUUGAUGGAAAUCCUCUUUUGCUUAGUAACCAAUCCUCAUCCUCUACUUUUAGUCCACCCCCACCACCCCCAGGUAGUGCGCAACCAUCAGCACCCACUGUUCCUCCUUCUCCAACUAUGAGCUCAAAUACCAAUUCGUCUGGUUUCAUCCCAGUUUCUUCGCAGUCCAAGAAUUCUAAAAGAACUAAACUACUUAUUGCAGGUGGAACUAGUUCACUAUUGGUUCUUGUGGCGAUUUCUCUGUCUGUAUAUUGCCUUUAUAAGACAAGAAAAGCAAAUCCAGAACCCCCUGGUUCCAUUGUAGUUCAUCCUAAAGACCUACAUGGUCCAGAAAACUUUGUUAAGAGUGCAAUCCCAAAUGAUAACACUGGAAGCUUAUCGGCUCAAACUGCCACAAGUUUUGCAAGUAACGCUAGCCUUGUGACACGUAAUUCUCAUUUGGUUGACGCUGGAAACCUAAUUAUAUCUGUUCAGCUUCUUAGUAAGGUGACCAAUGGCUUUGCACUAGAAAAUGAGCUAGGUCAUGGUGGAUUUGGCACUGUCUACAAAGGUGAAUUGGAAGAUGGGACAAAAAUAGCAGUUAAGAGAAUGGAGGCUGGGAUUGUGAGCAGUAAAGCUAUAGAUGAAUUUCAAGCUGAAAUUGCGAUUCUUUCUAAGGUCCGACACCGAAAUUUGGUUUCUAUCUUAGGAUACUCUGUUGAAGGCAAUGAAAGGCUUCUUGUCUAUGAGUAUAUGUCUAAGGGUGCCCUUAGCAGACAUCUUUUCCAAUGGAAAAGCCUAAAGUUGGAGCCUUUAUCUUGGACAAAAAGGCUGAUCAUUGCCCUAGAUGUUGCUAGGGGGAUGGAGUAUCUGCAUAGCAUGGCUCGGGAAACCUUUAUUCACCGAGAUCUAAAAUCUGCGAACAUUCUUCUUGAUGAUGAUUUUCAUGCCAAGGUUUCAGAUUUUGGAUUAGUGAAACUUGCUCCGGAUGGACAAAAGUCUGUUGUGACUAGGCUUGCUGGAACUUUUGGAUACCUUGCGCCUGAAUAUGCUGUGAUGGGAAAGAUUACGACUAAAUCUGAUGUGUUCAGUUAUGGGGUGGUGCUGAUGGAACUUCUGACAGGGUUAACAGCUCUUGAUGAGGAACGCUCUGAGGAAAGCCGAUACUUGGCAGAGUGGUUUUGGCGAAUCAAGUCAAGCAAAGAGAAGCUUAUGGCUGCCAUUGAUCCAACACUUAAUAAAAAUGAAGAGAAUUCUGAGAGUAUUUCCAUUGUUGCUGAACUGGCUGGACACUGCACUGCAAGGGAGCCAAGCCAUCGGCCCGAUAUGGGGCAUGCUGUGAAUUUGUUGGCACCCCUUGUUGAGAAAUGGAAACCAACUAAAUAUGAAUCAGAUGAUGAUUGUGGCAUUGACUAUAGUCUACCACUUCCUCAGAUGCUAAAAGUUUGGCAGGCUGCAGAAAGCACUGGGCUGAGCUAUUCUAGUUUCACUAGUUCCAAGGAUAGUAUUCCAGUAAGGCCAUCUGGAUUUGCCGAUUCCUUUACAUCGUCAGAUGGUCGAUAAUGAAGGUGAGCUCAGAGCAUUGAAUGAUGGUGACAAGUUAUAUAAUUAGAGAAAGCCUGUUCCACCUUGGGAUAAUAGGAUCAAGCAUAUCCUUUAGUUGUGGCAUACAGUGAAAUACGAAGUUUAGGAAGUUGGUCACUCAGAAAUUUUUGGAUUUGUUUCUUAAGCUGUCUCGUGGUUAUGCAAAUGGAGAAUUGUUGAGUUUACUUUUUUUUUUUUUUUUUUUUUUUUUUUUUUUUUUUUUUUUUUUUUUUUUAAAUACCAAAUGCCUGUAAAUAAUGACUGUUUAAGUUAAUGCUGAUUUGAUGCGUUGUUAUGUCU